AUGAUGGGUUACGAGUUCGCAACCUAUGUCAACAAAUAUUUAGAAAUGAAGGGUGUGCCUACUCGUGCGAUCGCUAAAAUCGACAGUAACCCUGAGAAAUCCAAACACUUAGAGACAGCUACUACCAAAUUAUUUGAUCAAGAGAUAGAUUUUUGUAACUUACGUAAGGAAGUUUACGAGGAAGGAAGUCGAAUCCCUACGAAGAUUACAUUUGGCACACCAGAAGAAGAUGCAUAUCGUCGUGAUACAACUAUUAAUAGUUUAUUUUACAAUGUCAACACAAACUUAGUAGAAGAUUAUACAAAACAAGGCAUACCCGAUUUGAUCAGUGGACUCAUCCGUACCCCACUUGAACCAUUUGAAACAUUCUUUGAUGAUCCAUUACGUGUUCUUCGAUGUAUUCGUUUUGCCAGUCGUUUUAACUUUCAGUUGGUACCUGAAUUAUGUGAUGCUGCUAAAAAUCCAGAAAUCAAAGAUGCACUUAUGCAUAAGAUCAGUCGAGAACGUAUUGGUAUUGAAUAUGAAAAGAUGAUCACCGGCCCCCAUCCUUUACUUUCUGUACGACUUAUUCAUGAUUUAGAACUCUACUCUGUCAUUAUGUCACCACCGAGCAAUAUCAAGAGUGGUACCAUUAGUGAUGAUUAUACAGCCGUCAAAGCCGUUGGAAUUGUCGACUGGUUAUGUUUACAGAAUAGACCCAGAAUAGAAAGUUUGAAAGCAGUAACAAAGCAAGAACAAAGGACAUUGAUUCUGGCGGCAAGCACAAUACCAUUUUUAGGCGUAAUUUCUGAAAUCAAGAGAAAAGAUAUCCCUACUGUACAGCUUGUUUUGAGAGACUCUAUUAAAACCAACAACGCAGAUAUCAAUACUGUUUCUACAUUAUUUACUGGGAUGAGUUCUCUAAAAGCUCUAGCCGAAAAAAAUGCAAUGGAGGGCAACGUUCCCAGAUCUGAGUUAGGCAUGCUCAUUCGUAAUUUAGGCGCCUUAUGGUCAACUGCUAUAAAAUUGGCAGCAGUGAAAGAUAUUUUGGAUGCCUUCCCUGAUUCACCUUGGACAAGACCCGGAGAAGUCGAUGAAAACUUAGCUAAAGAGAUAUAUAUGAAAUAUGAUGCUCUGAUAGAAGCUGCACAUCAGUAUGGCAUUGCUGAUUGUUACACAUGGAAGCACUUGGUAGAUGGUAAGCGAUCAGCUCAGAUAGUAGGCAUUAAACCUGGCCCGCAGGUGUCGGAGUUACUCAAAUACCAAAUGAUGUGGAUACUGGAUCAUCCUAAGGGAACAAAGGAAGAUUGUGAGGAAGCCAUCCGGGCUUUUUGGAAUACAAAGCAGCAAUAA